AUGUCCUUAUUGAAGCGGUUAUCACUGCCUCGAGAAAAAGUCUCCAUUAAUAUGUUCGGCUCAAGCGUAUCCGGAUCAACAUACACGCGAAUUAUGGGAAUGUACAAGGGCACAUGGCUGGCUCGAGAACCACCAGCACAUGUGGUACGGUCGAAAACGCAGCCUCCCGAAUUGUCCGAAGCAAGCACCAGUCCUGCCCCAAGAACCAUCCCCAGUAUCGCCGCCGUCGUGCCGACGACUGCGUGCACGUUGAGCUUUAGUGCCCGGGCGCCGCUGGCCGUGCUCGUCGUAGCGGGUCCUGAAGUCGACACGCCUGAGUGCGUGCUCGUUGUAGCGGAUCCUGAAGUCGACGCGCCUGAGUGCGUGCUCGUUGUAGCGGGUCCGGAAGUCGAUGCACUAGAGUGCGUGCUCGUCGUAGUGGGUCCGGAAAUCGAUGUGCUAGAGUGCGUGCUAGAGGGGGUGGGGAGAGAGGAGGAUGCGGAAGACGCUACAGACGCGAUGGAGGAGAGUGCAGACGAGUUUGCAGCAGUCACGGAACUGGAGCUGGAGCUGUCAGAAACGGUAGAGCUGGUGGUGGAGAGAGUAGAGCUGAUUUCAACGGUCAAGGUCAACGAGGCGGACACUGGGACGGACGGGUGGUUCAGUUUACGAAACAAGGCAGAGGGCGCAAAGGACGUACCAGCAGCACACUCGGACGACUGA